AGCGCACUCUGACGUCUAGAUCUGCUCGCGACCUACUGCUCGGCGAUAACGGCUAGUGGCGAUAGGAGACGGCCGACCAGGCGACGAGCAGGCAACACAAAGCCGAAGGGCCCAUCGCUCGCAGCAAUGGCGGCUGCUGAAGCAGUAGCUGCAUCAGUAGGAGCAGAGAUUGACGAUGAUACGGAGGUAUGCUUCAUCUGCGCGGAACCCAUCCAGUUCAGUGCAUUAGGGACUUGCAGCCACAGGACCUGCCAUAUCUGUGCGCUAAGAAUGCGCGCACUCUACAAGAAUCUAGCAUGCGCGUAUUGCAAGACGGAGUCCAAGGAGGUGCUCUUCACGCUGCCAUCAGCCAAGGACUUUGACGCAUACAAGCCAGAGGACCUGUGCUGCAAGGAUGCACAGUUGAACAUCUUCUUUGAAAGCGAAGAGAUCAUGGAAGAGACGAUGAUUCUUCUGCGAUUCAACUGCCCUGAUGCACACUGCGACGUAGCGUGCAACGGCUGGCCGGACUUGAAGAUCCACAUCAAAGAGGUACACAAGCAACUGCUGUGCGACUUGUGCGUCAAGAACAAGAAGGUGUUUGCGCAUGAGCAUCAGCUCUUUUCAAACAAGGAGUUACAACGGCAUUACAAGGAUGGAGAUCGGCCAGUGGAUGCUACGCAUGACGACGACGGCUUCAAAGGUCAUCCCGAAUGUGGCUUCUGCAGAAAAGCCUUCUUUGACGAUGAUGAUUUGUACAAACACUGCCGCGACAAGCACGAGCGUUGCCACGUUUGCGACCAGACCUCACAAGGUGGACCACGCUCAGCAAACUACUUUCGCAAUUACCAAGAGCUCGAUCAUCAUUUCAGACGAGAUCACUUCCUCUGCCCUGAUGCCGGAUGCCUUGCGCAGAAAUUCAUCGUGUUUGGCUCAGAGAUUGACCUGAAGGCACAUCAGCUCGAGGCGCAUCCUGAAGGCCUGCGCGGACAGGCACUCAAGAAUGCAAAGCGUAUCCAAACAGACUUUCAAGGCUAUCAACCGCCUCCGAAUGCUCGAGGUGGGCGUGGACCCAAUCGACGAGCUGGUGAGAUGGAUCUACCAUCUAUCUCUACUUCCGCUGGUCCACCUCUCUCGCGCGAACAACAAGCCUUGCAACGACAGUUUGAGUAUCAGCAAUCCCUUGCACAGCGCGGUGGCUUUGGCUACGCAUUGACAGAGCCGGUCGACUCAACACCACCGCCCGUCAUGCAAGUACAAAGGCCGGCGCAGCAGUCCGUCAGGAACGAGCCGCUCGUCGAUGCUUUUCCAGCAUUGGGUGGCGGAUCCAGGAUCACCAAUGUCCGUGGUAAUGGACCGCCUGCAGUCAACAAAAAGACAGGAGCAAAAUCGCAGGCCAAGAACAAUGUCAAUCAACGUGCACGUCCAUCGACGCCUCAGACCACGGCUCCAGGUACCCUAUCCAAGCAUACAGCACUGCUUGAACGUGUCCAGAUGCUCACAGGCUAUGAUGAUGAACGCUCGGCGAGAUUUAAGACGCUGGUUGCACAGUACAGAUCAACCAACAUCACCGCUGCUGAACUGAUUGAUCAACUAUGGUCGACGCUGAAUGCUGAAGCAGACUCACUCGGAGGCAUUGUUACUGGCUGUGCAGAUGUCUUGGACAAGCCUGACAAGCAGCAAGAAUUGCUGACUGCGUGGCACGAUUGGAAAGUGCGCAAUCGUGUAGACCAGCCUCUACCGAUCGGUGCUGGUACGACUGGAGGUCAACGCGUGCUCAACAUCAAGUCUCGGGCAUCGCGGACCGUAUCAACAUCAGCGAGUGCUUGGAACCCUAAGGGGAACAAGUCUGCAGUCCACACCAACCUUGCGGGUGUCACACAGCGUUUGGCAGGUUUGCAAGUGCGUGGCAAUGGCGGUGCGCCCAGGGCUGCCUGGAGCGCGUCUGGUUCUGCACAACCUUCUGGCACAACUACACCCGUCCGCGGUAGUCAGCCUGCUAAGCCUUCCAGCACAGCGUUUCCCGAAUUGCCUGCGAGUGCGAAGCCAAGGAUCUCUACUGCGCAGUUCUUCAAUAAGGGGCCGACUUGGGGCAGUCAAGCCGAUAUAGAUAGCGAUGCUGCUUUGGCGGCAUCGUUGAGCGAAGGUGGCGAACAAGCGACGGUACAGGGGAAGGGCAAGAAGAAGCAAAAACAGAAACAGCUGCUCUUCAAUUAUGGCCUGCAACGAGGCUAGUCAAACCAGGGACCACGAUCCAUUUUCUGUUCUCCUACGAUAUGUGCGUUACGCCAAUAUGCUCGCUCAAUGCCAUGUAAUCAAUCAAUGCUUCAAAUGUCUUCCGUGAUGGUCACCGAGAUGAGCUUGUCGUCGUUCUCAUACUCUGCCUCUUGCCAUAGUCCGACGCUUGCCUU